CCCGAGGAUGUCGGCUCCAGCCUCUACUUUGUAAAUGACUCCCUGCAGCAGGUGACCUUCUCCAGCUCCGUGGGCGUGGUGGUGCCCUGCCCGGCUGCGGGCUCCCCCAGUGCAGCCCUUCGAUGGUACCUGGCCACGGGGGACGACAUCUACGACGUGCCGCACAUCCGGCACGUCCACGCCAACGGCACGCUGCAGCUCUACCCCUUCUCCCCCUCCGCCUUCAAUAGCUUCAUCCACGACAAUGACUACUUCUGCACCGCGGAGAACGCGGCCGGCAAGAUCCGCAGCCCCAACAUCCGCGUCAAAGCAGUUUUCAGGGAGCCCUACACCGUGCGGGUGGAGGACCAAAGGUCGAUGCGUGGAAACGUGGCCGUCUUCAAGUGCCUCAUCCCCUCCUCAGUGCAGGAGUACGUCAGCGUCGUGUCCUGGGAGAAGGACACGGUGUCCAUCAUCCCAGAAAACAGGUUUCUUAUUACCCACCACGGCGGGCUGUACAUCUCCGACGUGCAGAAGGAGGACGCCCUCUCCACCUACCGCUGCAUCACCAAGCACAAGUACAGCGGGGAGACCCGGCAGAGCAACGGGGCCCGCCUCUCCGUGACAGGUAGGGCCCGGGACCGGGAGGCCGUCGGGGGGCUCGCAGAAGGAGCCCCCAGGACGCAGGCUCAGGACGUGCUGGGGAAGAACCCGUCCGGCCUGGUUUGGAGCAUCCUUCAUAUAGGGACCUCGGAGUCCGUACCUAAGGACGCAAACGCCCUUGGAGAACUGACCUGUUGCCAUUUAUCAAAGAAUGAGGGUCAACGGAAUCCAUCUUCUCUUUCCUUUUUCCCCUUUGCUAUCCUCUCCGGCCUGAGGCGGGGCUCGGCCGGUCCUGAACCAGAGCGGCUGUCCGUGGAGGCGGGCCGCCGAGACGGUUCGCUCUCCAGUGGGGGGCGCCCCCGAGGGCUCCCGGGGCUGGUGGCGGACCGAGGCGGCCCCUCUCCGGCCAGGAGCUCGGGGCGGCAGAUGGAGAGCAAGGGUCAGGGAGACCGGCCGGUGAUCCUGGCCCUGCCGUGUGACUCUGGGCGGGUCACCGCACCUCUCUGGUCGCAGGGCCCGCCCCUGCCUGUGGUCUCCGACACCCUGAAGCCAGCUCUACGCGUCUCCGAGCCUACGCCCGUGGUUCACAGCAGGGCCCUGCUCUCUGCAGGGAGACGCAGCCGGUCUCCAGGUGCCCACAGUCUGCUGCGGAAGGCAGGCACGUGGCCCGGUGCUGACCGCCCUAGCAAAGGGCCAGGGCGGAGUGGCAACAGGGUGGCCUCUGGGGAGGGGACUGAGGUGGCUGAGGACAGGGCUUUCCCACUCAGCCCAGACCGGGGCCCUGAGGACCAUGACCGGAAGCAGGGGCUUGUGGGGGACGAGACGGGAGGGCAGACCAGGCUAGAGCGACAGGCAGACAGACGGAACCACGACCCCCUGCACGUGACCCUGACACCAAAGAAGCUGAAGACCGGCAUCGGCAGCACGGUCAUCCUGUCCUGCGCGCUGCUGGGCUCCCCGGAGUUCACCAUCCGCUGGUACCGCAACACCGAGCCGGUGCUGCCCGACGAGGCCGUCUCCAUCCGCGGGCUCAGCAACGAGACGCUGCUCAUCACCUCGGCCCAGAAGAGCCACUCGGGGGCCUACCAGUGCUUCGCCACCCGCAAGGCCCAGACCGCGCAGGACUUCGCCAUCAUCGUGCUGGAGGACGGCACGCCCCGCAUCGUCUCGUCCUUCAGCGAGAAGGUGGUGAACCCCGGGGAGCAGUUCUCGCUGAUGUGUGCGGCCAAGGGCGCCCCGCCCCCCACGGUCACCUGGGUGCUGGAUGAGGAGCCGAUCCUGCGGGACGGGGCCCACCGCACCAGCCAGCACACCCUGUCGGACGGCACCACCGUCAGCCACAUGAACGUCACGGGCCCCCAGAUCCGCGACGGGGGCGUGUACCGCUGCACGGCUCGGAACUCGGUGGGCAGUGCUGAAUAUCAGGCGCGAAUAAACGUAAGAGGCCCCCCCAGCAUCCGGGCGAUGAGGAACAUCACGGCCAUUGCCGGGCGGGACACCCUCAUCAACUGCAGGGUCAUCGGCUACCCCUACUACUCCAUCAAGUGGUACAAGGACGCCCUGCUGCUCCCGGACAACCACCGCCAGGCCGUCUUCGAGAACGGGACGCUGAAGCUGACCGACGUGCAGAAGGGCAUGGACGAGGGCGAGUACCUGUGCAGCGUGCUCAUCCAGCCCCAGCUGUCCAUCAGCCAGAGCGUCCACGUGGCCGUCAAAGUGCCCCCCCUGAUCCAGCCCUUCGAGUUCCCGCCUGCCUCCAUCGGCCAGCUGCUCUACAUCCCCUGCGUGGUGUCCUCGGGGGACAUGCCCAUCCGCAUCACCUGGAGGAAGGACGGGCAGGUGAUCAUCUCGGGCUCGGGCGUCACCAUCGAGAGCAAGGAGUUCAUGAGCUCCCUGCAGAUCUCCAGCGUCAGCCUCAAGCACAACGGCAACUACACGUGCAUCGCCAGCAACGCGGCGGCCACCGUGAGCCGGGAGCGCCAGCUCAUCGUGCGCGUGCCCCCCCGGUUUGUGGUGCAGCCCAACAACCAGGACGGCAUCUAUGGCAAAGCUGGCGUGCUCAACUGCUCAGUGGAUGGCUACCCCCCGCCCAAGGUCAUGUGGAAACACGCCAAAGGGAGCGGGAGCCCGCAGCAGUACCACCCGGUGCCCCUCACCGGCCGCACCCAGAUCCUGGCCAACAGCUCGCUGCUGAUCCGCCACGUCCUGGAGGAGGACAUGGGUUACUACCUGUGCCAGGCCAGCAACGGCGUGGGCACCGACAUCAGCAAGUCCAUGUUCCUCACCGUCAAGAUCCCGGCCAUGAUCACCUCCCACCCCAACACCACCAUCGCCAUCAAGGGUCACUCCAAGGAGCUCAACUGCACGGCGAGGGGUGAGCGCCCCAUCAUCAUCCGCUGGGAGAAGGGGGACACCGUCAUCGACCCCGACAGGGUCAUGCGCUACGCCAUCGCCACCAAGGACAGCGGCGACGAGGUGGUCUCCACGCUGAAGCUCAAGCCAGCUGACCGUGGGGACUCUGUGUUCUUCAGCUGCCACGCCAUCAACUCCUACGGGGAGGACCGGGGCUUGAUCCAACUCACUGUGCAAGAGCCCCCAGACCCCCCGGAGCUGGAGAUCCGGGAGGUGAAGGCCCGCAGCAUGAACCUGCGCUGGACCCAGCGGUUCGACGGGAACAGCAUCAUCACGGGCUUCGAUAUCGAGUACAAGAACAAGUCAGCUCCCGACGGGCCCCCCAUGGAUGUCACCUUGCAGCCGGUGACCUCGCAGAGCAUCCAGGUGACCUGGAAGGCCCCCAAGAAGGAGCUGCAGAAUGGCGUCAUUCGGGGCUACCAGAUCGGCUACCGAGAGAACAGCCCGGGCAGCAGCGGGCAGUACAGCAUCGUGGAGAUGAAGGCCACCGGGGACAGCGAGGUCUACACCCUGGACAACCUCAAGAAGUUCGCCCAGUACGGGGUGGUGGUCCAGGCCUUCAAUCGGGCCGGCACCGGGCCCUCGUCCAGCGAGAUCAACGCCACCACCCUGGAGGACGUGCCCAGCCAGCCCCCCGAGAAUGUCCGGGCCCUGUCCAUCACCUCGGACGUGGCCGUCAUCUCCUGGUCGGAGCCCCCACGCAGCACCCUCAACGGUGUCCUCAAGGGCUAUCGGGUCAUCUUCUGGUCCCUCUACGUGGAUGGGGAGUGGGGCGAGAUGCAGAACGUCACGACCACGCGGGAGCGGGUGGAGCUGCGGGGCAUGGAGAAGUUCACCAACUACAGUGUGCAGGUGCUGGCCUACACCCAGGCCGGGGACGGCGUGCGCAGCGGCGUGCUAUACAUCCAGACCAAGGAGGAUGUUCCAGGUCCCCCCGCGGGCAUCAAGGCUGUGCCUUCGUCCGCCAGCAGCGUGGUCGUGUCUUGGCUCCCCCCGACCAAGCCCAACGGGGUCAUCCGCAAGUACACCAUCUUCUGCUCCAGCCCUGGGUCCGGCCAGCCGGCGCCGAGCGAGUACGAGACAAGCCCGGAGCAGCUCUUCUACCGGAUCGCACACCUCCACCGCGGGCAGCAGUACCUGCUGUGGGUGGCCGCCGUCACCUCCGCCGGCCGGGGCAACAGCAGCGAGAAGGUCACCAUUGAGCCCGCGGGCAAGGCCCCGGCGAAGAUCAUCUCCUUUGGAGGCACCGUGACGACCCCCUGGAUGAAAGAUGUCCGGCUGCCGUGCAAUUCAGUGGGGGACCCCGCCCCUGCGGUGAAGUGGACCAAGGACAGCGAAGACUCGGCCAUCCCCGUGUCCAUGGACGGGCACCGGCUCAUCCACACGAACGGCACGCUGCUGCUGCGCGCCGUGAAGGCCGAGGACUCCGGCUACUACACCUGCACGGCCACCAACACCGGGGGCUUCGACACCAUCAUCGUCAACCUUCUGGUGCAAGUCCCCCCGGACCAGCCCCGCCUCACUGUCUCUAAAACCUCCGCCUCGUCCAUCACCCUGACCUGGAUUCCAGGUGACAAUGGGGGCAGCUCCAUCCGAGGCUUCGUGCUGCAGUACUCGGUGGACAACAGCGAGGAGUGGAAGGACGUGUUCAUCAGCUCGGGCGAGCGGUCCUUCAAGCUGGACAGCCUCAAGUGCGGCACGUGGUACAAGGUGAAGCUGGCAGCCAAGAACAGCGUGGGCUCCGGGCGCAUCAGCGAGAUCAUCGAGGCCAAGACCCACGGGCGGGAGCCCUCCUUCAGCAAAGACCAGCACCUGUUCACCCACAUCAACUCCACGCAUGCUCGGCUUAACCUGCAGGGCUGGAACAACGGAGGCUGCCCCAUCACGGCCGUCGUGCUGGAGUACCGGCCCAAGGGCACCUGGGCCUGGCAGGGGCUGCGGGCCAACCGCUCCGGGGAGGUGUUCCUGACCGAGCUGCGGGAGGCCACGUGGUACGAGCUGCGCAUGCGGGCCUGCAACAGCGCUGGCUGCGGCAACGAGACGGCCCAGUUCGCCACCCUGGACUACGACGGGAGCACCAUCCCUCCUAUCAAGUCUGCUCACGGUGAGGGCGAUGACGUGAAGAAGCUAUUCACCAUCGGCUGCCCGGUCAUCCUGGCCACUCUGGGGGUGGCCCUGCUCUUCAUCGUCCGCAAGAAGAGGAAGGAAAAGCGGCUGAAGCGGCUCCGAGACGCGAAGAGUUUGGCAGAAAUGUUGAUAAGCAAGAACAACCGAAGUUUCGACACCCCCGUGAAGGGGCCGCCCCAAGGCCCGCGGCUGCACAUUGACAUCCCCAGGGUCCAGCUGCUCAUCGAAGACAAGGAGGGCAUCAAGCAGCUGGGAGAUGAUAAGGCCACCAUCCCCGUGACGGACGCCGAGUUCAGCCAAGCUGUCAACCCGCAGAGUUUCUGCACCGGUGUCUCCUUGCACCACCCAGCCCUCAUCCAGAGCACGGGACCCCUCAUCGACAUGUCUGACAUCCGGCCAGGCACCAAUCCGGUGUCCAGGAAGAACGUAAAGUCAGCCCACAGCACCCGGAACCGGUACUCAAGCCAGUGGACGCUGACCAAGUGCCAGGCCUCCACACCUGCCCGCACCCUCACCUCCGACUGGCGCACCGUGGGGUCCCAGCACGGUGUCACUGUCACUGAGAGUGACAGCUACAGCGCCAGCCUCUCCCAGGACACAGACAAAGGCCGGAACAGCAUGGUGUCCACGGAGAGCGCCUCGUCCACCUACGAGGAGCUGGCACGGGCCUACGAGCACGCCAAGCUGGAGGAGCAGCUCCAGCACGCCAAGUUCGAGAUCACCGAGUGCUUCAUCUCCGACAGCUCCUCCGACCAGAUGACCACAGGCACCAACGAGAACGCGGACAGCAUGACGUCCAUGAGCACGCCCUCGGAGCCCGGCAUCUGCCGCUUCACCGCCUCGCCGCCCAAGCCGCAGGACGCCGACCGAGGCAAAAAUGUGGCUGUGCCCAUCCCGCACCGGGCCAACAAGAGUGAGUGCUCGCCACCCCCCCCCGCCCCCUGCUCCGAACCUGGCCCCGACAGCCCGGGGGGCUCCUUGGUGGCUCCGGCCCCCAGCACCGAGCCUCCGCGGGCCGGGGGCCCACACACCAAAAUGGGGGGCUCCAGGGACUCACUUCUGGAGAUGAGCACAUCGGGGGUAGGGAGACCCCAGAAGCAGGGGGCAGGGGCCUACUCGAAAUCCUAUACCCUGGUGUAGGGGCACCGUGAGAAGGGCGGCCCCUCACUCGGACCUUCUGCACCUCCAGCCUCACACACCAACUUGGCUGUUUUCCUGCAUUCUUUGUAUCAAACUGACAGAAACCAACCGACAAGGAAAAGAAACCCCCCCCAAGUCAUGAACGCUUGUACAUAGAACUCUUUUGUACAAAUGAAACUAUUUUCUUCUUCUCCAUGAAGCCAGGGCACAAAGAAUUUGACAGUACAAACCAACCCCUCCAUCCCCGCAAAACACGCGUGGAGAGAUCUAUAUACGUACGUAGGGGGGAGAGGAGCGCUCCACGAGCUGUGUGUCUAUAUACGUCUCUCACCUUAUUUUGAGACAGAGGCACAAAGACUCAGCAAUUUUUCCCUCCUACUCACUCAACCCUCUUUCAGUCUAGGCGGUUUUGACAAAGACCAAAAUCCCGACUCAGAGACACUGCAUGCGGUCUUCCUGUUCCAAGAAAACCAGGACUUGCUUCAAUUUGCAGAUGCUUAUGUGUUAAUACCUUUUUCUAUGAAAAAAAACCCAGCGCCGUGUGCAAUAAAAGUUAUGUUUCUA